AUCAUUAAUUAUUAUCGAUUUUUACUCGUUUUUUCUCGAGUUUUUGGUGAGAAUUUGAAGCAAAAUGCAGAAAAUAUCGUCUGGUCUUCUGAAAAGAUCUUUCAUCUCUUCAUCCCUCAGAUGUACUCACAGCUUCCAAUAUGCAAAUUUGGUGGUCGAAAAAAGCACCAAAAAGCAACGAAUUCCUAGUGAUCCAGCAAAACUUGGAUUCGGUCGCUACUUUUCCGACCAUAUGAUUGAUAUUGAUUGGGAUGUGAAAGAGGGAUGGAUUGCUCCAAAGAUCUGCCCAUUUCAAAAUUUCUCCAUUCAUCCGGCGGCUAAAGUUCUUCAUUAUGCGAUUGAGAUAUUUGAAGGCAUGAAAGCAUAUCACGGGGUCGAUGGCAAGAUCCGUCUAUUUCGCCCGGAGCUGAAUAUGGAGCGAAUGAGAAGAUCUGCUCGUCGUUCCUCGCUCCCAGAUUUUGAUGCUCGUCAGGCAUGUCUACUCAUCGAUGAACUCAUUCGAAUCGAUGCAGACAUUGUUCCGAAAACCGAUCAAGCCUCCUUGUACAUUCGCCCCAUGAUGUUUGCAACUGAACAACAUAUCGGAGUUUCGGAAAGUACACAAGCCAAAUGGGCGUGUUUUACAUCGAUCACUGGUAGUUAUUUCAAUUAUGAGAAAGGUAUUCGUCUGUUGGCAGAUCCUGAAAUGGUACGCUCGUGGAAAGGAGGUGUCGGACAAUACAAAAUGGGGUGCAACUAUGCACCAACUAUUUUUGUUGGAAAGAUGGCUGCGUUGCACGGAUGUGAUCAAGCUAUGUGGCUUUCUGGAGAUAAUCGCCUGAUCACUGAAGCCGGCGCGAUGAAUGUGUUCAUGCUUUGGACAAAUGAAGACAAUGAAUUGGAGCUCAUAACUCCACCUACAGAUUCUGGUCUUCUUCUUCCCGGGAUAACUAGACAGUCUAUCGUAGAGUUGGCACAGGAAAUGAACCUGAUGAAAGUCUCCGAGAAGAACUUCACAAUGGCGCAACUGUCACGCGCAGUUCACGAGAAACGAGUUCACGAAUUCUUUGUAUCAGGUACUGCUGCCAACGUUGGACCAGUCUCUGAAAUUGUGUACUGCGAUAAAGAACUGGACGUUAUGGAGAACUUGCAGAUUCCCACAUUGAGUAGCAAAAUGCAGUUGCACACGAGACUCAACAAGACGCUUUCUGACAUUCACUUUGGGCGUAUCGAGAAAAAGGAAUGGCAGCAUAUUGUGGAACUGUAAACUCUUGAACGAAAAACAUGAUUGAAUUAUUUUAUACAGG